CGUUUUUCUCCUGAGCCGCGAACCCUACUGCUACUUAGACCGCUACUAAAUAAGUAGAACCAACCAGUACCGACCACGGCAUUUUCAGGGUCUUAUCCUCCCUAAUUCUAAAACCGAUUUCGACUACACAGAGAGAGUAGCCAGCAAUAUGAUGGCCACAACUGCAUAUGCUACUCCGCCAAUUUCUGCUUUUCUCACUUCCCAAGAAGGAUUUCGGGGUUCAACUCGGGGCUUUCAAUGGAAAAAGAUUGAGAGAAAGUGUCUGAGAAAGGCUGGUCCUCCUAAAAUUACUGCAAAAUUUGACUUAAAGCCUCCACCAUACCCACUGGAUGCUUUGGAACCUGUCAUGAGUCGUAAUACAAUGGAAUACCACUGGGGUAAGCAUCACAGAGCUUAUGUGGAGAAUCUGAACAAGCAAAUAGUUGGAACUGAAUUGGAUGGAAUGACAUUAGAAGACAUUAUACGAGUCACAUACAACAAUGGGGAUCUUCUUCCACCCUUCAAUAAUGCCGCACAGGCUUGGAACCAUGAUUUCUUCUGGGAGUCAAUAAAACCAGGAGGUGGAGGAGAGCCGUCUGGAGAGCUCUUAGAGCUAAUAAUCAGGGAUUUUGGUUCCUUCGAACAAUUUGCCAAAGAAUUCAAGGCAGCUGCUGCAACACAAUUUGGUUCUGGGUGGGCUUGGCUUGUGUAUAAAGUAAAUAGACUCAAUGUGGGAAAUGCAGUGAAUCCUCGUCCAUCAGAAGAGGACAAAAAACUUGUAGUAGUCAAGAGUCCUAAUGCUGUGAACCCCCUGGUUUGGGACUAUUAUCCGCUUCUGACUAUUGAUGUUUGGGAGCAUGCUUACUACCUUGACUUCCAGAAUCGACGGCCUGAUUUUAUUUCAACCUUCAUGGAGAAGCUUGUAUCGUGGGAAUCAGUCAGUUCCAGGCUUGAAGCCGCCAAAAUACAAGCUGCAGAGAGGAGUGAGGAAGAGAGGAGGAAGAAUGAGGAGAAAGAGGAUGAGAUGGCAAAUAAUGAAGCAGUGGAGAUGUACCUUGAAGAUGCAGAGUCUAAAUAAUUUUGUUUUGAGUAGUUAUGGAUCUUAUGCGUGAUUUUGUUUUCCUAAAAAAGUUUUAAUCGAGGCCACUUGAGUGGCAACUGGAAGGGGUGUAAUGCUGUUUUAUGAACACGCAUGUAUGUUUUUCUUUUGGUAGUGAAUAUAUUCCAUGGAUGCAAUAUCAAGGAGUGGGUUGAACUAAUGGAUGCAAUAUCAAGGAAUUUAGCUCUUUCCA